GGUCUCUCAGAAUAUUUUUUCACCUGAAGGAGAGAGGAGGAGGCCGGCGCAGCUGAAUUAACGAGAAUUUGUUCAGAAGACAAAACUGGAUUAUCCUUGUGAAAGAGAAGAUUCAAUGAUGGAGCCUGUCCAUAUUAAAGAGGAGAGUCCUGAACUAGAAUCAGUCCAUAUUAAAGAGGAGAGUCCUGUACUAGAAUCACUCCAUAUUAAAGAGGAGUGUCCUGUACUAGAAUCACUCCAUAUUAAAGAGGAGAGUCCUGUACUAGAAUCACUCCAUAUUAAAGAGGAGAGUCCUGAACUAGAAUCAGUCCAUAUUAAGCAGGAGAGUCCUGUACUAGAAUCAGUCCAUAUUAAACAGGAGAGUCCUGUACUAGAAUCAGUCCAUGUUAAAGAGGAGAGUCCUGUACUAGAAUCAGUCCAUAUUAAACAGGAGAGUCCUGUACUAGAAUCAGUCCAUAUUAAACAGGAGAGUCCUGCACUAGAAUCAGUCCAUAUUAAAGAGGAGAGUCUUGACCUAGAAUCAGUCCAUAUUAAAGAGGAGAGUCCUGUACUAGAAUCAGUCCAUAUUAAAGAGGAGAGUCCUGUACUAGAAUCAGUCCAUAUUAAAGAGGAGAGUCCUGAACUAGAAUCAGUCCAUAUUAAAAGGGUUAUUCUCAAUUCUAAACCCUUAAGCAGCUUGCAGGACUCUCUUACCUGUGGUGACUGUGGGAAGAGGUUCAGUCUGUCAUACUCUUUGAAAAGACACCAGAAAAUCCACACAGGAGGGAAGCCACAUCACUGUAAUGACUGUGGGAAGAGUUUCAGACUGUCAAGGAGAUUUCAAAUACACCAGCGAAUCCACACUGGAGAGAAACCAUAUACCUGUGCUGACUGUGGGAAGAGUUUCGUACAGUCACAAAGCCUGAAACGUCACCAACAAAUCCACACUGGAGAGAAACCACAUGUCUUUGCUGACUGUGGGAAGAGUUUCAUAGACUCACAAAGCCUGAAACUUCACCAACAAAUCCACAGUGGCGAUAAACCACUUGUCUGUGCUGACUGUGGGAAGAGUUUCAAAUACUCACAAAGCCUGAAACUUCACCAACAAAUCCACACUGGAGAAAAACCACAUGUCUGUGCUGACUGUGGGAAGAGUUUCAAUCAGUCAGGCUAUUUGACAAAACACCGGCGAAUUCAUAUUUUAGUGAAACCAUAUGUCUGUGCUAACUGUGGGAAGAGUUUCAGUCAUUCAAGCACAUUGAAAAGACACCAGCAAAUCCACACUGGAGAGAAUCAAUAUGUCUGUGCUGACUGUGGGAAGAGUUUCAGUGAGUCAAGCACAUUGCAAAGACACCAACGAAUCCACACAGGAGACAAACCAUAUGUUUGUACUGACUGUGGGAAGAGUUUCAAUCAGUCAGGCUAUUUGACAAGACACCGGCGAACCCACAAAGGAGAGAAACCAUAUGUCUGUGCUGAGUGUGGUAAAAGUUUCACUCAGUUACACACCCUGAAACUUCACCAGCGAAUCCACACAGGAGAGAAACCAGAUGUCUGUGCUGAGUGUGGUAAAAGUUUCAAUAAGUUAAGCAUUUUGAAAAGACACCAGCGAACCCACACAAGAGAGAAACCAUAUGUCUGUGCUGACUGUGGGAAGAGUUACAGAGAUUUACAAAACCUGAAACUUCACCAGAGAAUUCACACAGGAGAAAAACUGCAUCCAUGUAGUAGAUGUGGGAAGAGUUUCAGUCAGUUAGCAUAUCUUAAAACCCACCAGUUAAUUCACACAGGAGAGAAGCCACAUCGCUGUAAUGACUGUGGGAAGAGUUUCAGACACUCAGGCAACUUAAAAAUGCACCAACGAAUCCACACUGGAGAGAAACAACAUGUCUGUGCUGAUUGUGGGAAGAGUUUCAGGAUGUUACAAACCUUGAAACUUCACCGGCGAAUCCACACAGGAGAGAAACCACAUCACUGUAAUGACUGUGGAAAGAGUUUCAGAUGGAUGUACAGCUUGACAAUGCACCAGCUAUUCCACACAGGAGAGAAUCCUUAUCACUGCUCUCACUGUGGGAAGUCUUUUAAUGCUUCCAGUUCUCUUAAAAGACACAAAUGCAAGUUGUGAAAGUUUAGGCAGAAUGUGAGUGUGUGUUCAUUCAUCCACACUCAGAAAUUCCAGUCUUUUUCAACAGCAGCUUAAUAUAAAAACUGUGAGAACUCUGGUGAAUGUCUACAGAUGUUACAGAUCCCUCAAUAUUAAACACUGCUCUGAAGCCUUUAAUAAAGUACAUUCUUAGUAUGGUGAAUGUUUGCAGAUGAUACAGAUUUAUUGAUAUUAAACAGUUAUCUGAAGCCGUUACAUUAUAAAGUUCAUUCCUAGUUUGCAAUCCGUCGAAUAUACAGACGCCUCGGGGCGUUGUGUGAUACGAGGUGAAGCCGAGUGCCUCCAACCCCUGAGAAGUCUGUAUAUUCAACGUAUAUGGUGUGGGAGAAAUUCAUAGUUGUAAUUGAGUGGUCUUUGUAAAAAUGACAUUUCAAAUCUGAAACUUUGAGGCUUAAGAUGCUGUGAUGUUAAUUAAGUGUGUCUUCCCCCAACCUUCUCCCAUAACAUUCGAGAUCUGCUUCAAAGGACUGGAUAUUAGUAACAGAGGGUCGUAAAGAUUUAAAUUAGAUUCAGUUUAGAUUACCUGCCAGUCUGGUCUAAACAAACAGAACUGAUUCUUAUCUGUUAAUUAAGAAAGUCUGUCUGAAGGCCAGGAUACAACUUUCUUCGUAUGAAGGGUUAAGAAGUGGGACACCUGGUGGAUACGAGGUGCCAUGACUUUGCAUAUUAUAUGAAUUGUUACCGUGAAACAUGGAAUGUUUAAGUGAAUAGAAAUUCCUAAUCUCUUUAUUCUAAAAGUUAAUUGAUAAACAGACCUUCACGAGGGUGUAAUAUUAACUUGUGUAACAAUCUCAGGGUUUUAGAUUUACUGAAACUAUCAGAUUGAAACGUAACAAAUAAGUAAUAACAUACCUGAUUUAAAUGGGUUUUAGAAUCAUUUUAAUAACAAAUGUUGUGGUUUCCCAAUAUAUUGAAAUGUUUAUUGUGUUUUAAUGAAGUUUAAAUUGAAAGUAAUUCUUACAGUAUUUUACUUUAAUUAUUGUAUAACAUGUUUAACAUUUUUAUCCUUAUAUGAUCAAUUUAACUAGCUGUCACAAAAUGAAGUUUUGUUCUAUACUUGUUUCGAAUCUUGUUAUCUCUCUCUCUCUCUCUCUCUCUGUCUCUCUCUCUCUCUCUCUCUCUCUCUCUCUCCAUGGAGGAGGGUCGCUCCCUGUGUUAAUGACGCACAUUGCUUGUGUAAAAGGAAGCGUCAUUCAAACUGUAAGCCAAUGAAAGGACUGAUUUCGGUCAGGGAUUAGCUUCCUGUUUUACCCGGAAGUGAUUGGAUCUCCAAAGUAAACUCCUCUUUGGGCUCUAUAUUUAAAUCAAAACAUGCAUGAACUCGUUCUCUUGGAUUCAGACUCAUCUCGCCAUGAAGUAACCAUUGAGCCUUCGCUUGCAAUGGGGACCCAUUCAAGCAUCGUACGUAUCUUCAUCCUGAAGAAGACUCCUCACCGCUACACCCUUUGUUUUUCAGCAAGAACCACAUCUCCAGAAUAAGUACUACAUUUGAAAGACAUUAAGAUUCAGUAAAAUACUAUGUGUAGAAAAACCUACAUGCAAACCACAAGUAAAAACAUUGAAUACAGAAUAACACUUUGUGAGAUUAAAAACACAAGCGAUUCUACUCUGAACAACUGAAAGAAGAAAAGACUUUAACUGAGCUGGUGCUAUUGUGUGCAUUUGAAAACAAUGUGAACGUCUGAACCGUUUAAACAUUGAUUGAGUUUAUCUACAAGUUCUGAAGUAACUCUAGAUUUCAACUUAAUACUAAAUGCAAUUGAAGCUGCUUCCCAACUGAACUUGUUGAAACAAAAAUGGCGUCUUCAUUCGAACCCACACAACAGAUGCUGCUUCACCCCGUCACUGUGUGUAAUGUGCGUGAAUCCUGCGUGUGCGUGUACGGAAACACACGGAGGACAGCGUGCUCAUGAAAAUAUGUGUUUCCAUGUUUUAUUCCUGCUUGUGUACUUAUAAUUCUGGUACCAUGAUAUAUAACGUCUAUAUCCUUCUUACUUUUGCGAGCCUUAAUAAAUGUAAUCAUUUUCA